AAAAGAAACAGCUUUUAAUGCAAGCAUUGAUAGAAGAAGUGGGUGAACAAGAGAGUGGUGAAAAAAGAAGAAAGAGCAAAACAUCAAAAGCAAGAAAAGUUGAGAAAAGUGCAAUGCAAGUCUUCUCAAGCAAAAGAAUAACAAGAUCGCAAACAUCAGAAGAAGGUGAUAACAAGGAAAAAGAAGUUGCGAAAACUGGAAAUAAAAGUAAAGUGGUAGCAAAGAGAGAGAAUAAAGAAAAGUUGAAGAAAAAGAAAGAAGACGACGUAGAAGAAGAUGAAGAUGAGGAAACAGAAAAGGAGGGUGAUGAUAACCUUCCAAAGCUAUGGUCAAGAAUGUCUCCUAGAAGUCUAACUGAGGUAAUCACAUCCCUCUCUGAAGAACAGAAGGAAGAAGUGGUAGACAUGGGGUUUGGCCCAAUACUACACUUAAAAAUCAAACAAUUGCCAAUGCAGUUGGCAUAUUGGGUUGUGGACAGGUUUGAUAGCAGGAGUGUUUCAUUGCAUUUGCCAAAGAACGAGAAAUUGCGUGUCACUGAAGAUGCAAUACACUACACAAUGGGAUUUCCAAAGGGAAACUUGGAUGUGAAAAGGUUGAUAGAUACUCAAGGUGAAAAAACAGCAGAGAUGGUGGCUGAUUGGAGAGCACAGUUCAGUAGUGAUAAAGGACUUGUGAGGACUGGUGAACUGAAAGAUCUAUUGGAGAAAAAUAAACAAGCUGGAGGCUGGUUCAAAAAAAAAUUCUUGGUUCUCCUGGUGACUUGUUUAAUUGAAGGAAAGCAGAAUUGCUUUGUCAAUCAAAGCAUACUCAAAGCACUGGAUGAUGAGUCACAAAUAAAGAAUUUUAAUUGGUGCAGUUAUGCUUUGCAGACAUUGAUUGAAUCAAAGGACUACUGGAAUAAAAGCAGAGCACGACAGUUCCCAGGACCUCUUCUCUUUUUGAUUGUAAGUUAAAAACUAUAUAAUUUCAAUACUCAAAGUAAUCAUUUUAUUACUCAAUUAUGGUAUGGUAAUGCACAAUUCUAAAUAUUGAAAAAUGUUAGGUGUUUUAUGUUGACAAUAUGGUAUUCAAAGGAAGGAAAGUAGACAGAGGCUUGCCAUCUAUAGUUGGAUGGACAACUCAGAAUCUCAACAAAAGGGAAAAGGAAGAGAUAGAAAGUGGAGGGUUUGGAUUUGGAUACAUAGAUGAACCAAAUCAAGGAACUCUUACAAUUCCAAAUCUGAUUCAGAAUGAAGAGAAUAAGAAAAACGAGGAAGAAUGCAGUGAGCAAGCAGAUAAGGUAAGGCAAAUAAUGUACUCUUUAUACACUUGAGUAUCAUAUAAAUUAUACAUGAGUAUAUUAUUAAAUUAAAUUGAGUAAUAAAUAUGAACAGUGGAAAAACUGAGUUACUCUAAAAUUAUCAUAUAAGCAUAGAAAAAUUGUUGUGCAUCAUUUUAUAUGUCCUUAACACAAUACAGUAACUCAAAAUAAAAUAAAAUAAAAUAACACUGAAUGAAAAUUUUAGUAAUACACUAAUACUCAUAUGAUUUAUACAGGAUAUCAUGAAGGAAUUCGCUUCAGCAGCAAAGCAUUUGGCAGAUAGCAUAGCAAACUUUGAUGAAAAGUUUCAAGAAGCUGCGAAGGUGUUGCCUGAUGAUGAAAAAAUGAAGGUUUUGCUAGGUAAAGUGCAUGGACUCUUCAACACAUACUCAACAGAGCCACAAACAACUGAAAAAGAAAUAAGAAUGACUCCUGAUGAUGAGUUUUGGACUGAAGAGGUUUUAAAGGCAGUUGAAGCUAUUGAAAAAGCUCAGAAAAAAAGGAAUGAUAGGCCUACAUUAAUACAAUACGAAAAGCCCAGUUUCACACUGCUUUCACAAGAGUCAAAUGAGCAUGCAGGUGGCCAGGAAGAUGAAGAACAGAGAGAUGAGCAUGUAUAUGCAGUUGCUGAGCAUCAAGAGGAGCUUGAUGAGCAACACAAUGAAGCUCAGGUAGAUAAUGAAGAGGAGGUGAUAAUAAACGCAAGUGAAGCUAUUCCUGUGACUGAAUUAAAAGAGCAUGAUAGAAUAAAGGCAUCUGAAAAGGGAAAGCAAGCUUGUUUUGAAGGAGAGGGCCAAUGUGGUGCACAUGUGGAAAGAGAAAAAAGACAAGUAAUGCCUGGCCCUGCUCUCAAAUCUCCAUACGUGAUCAGAAUUACAGAAAUGAAGGCAGGAACAACUACUGAAGAAGUCAAACUAGCUAAAUUUGUGUUUGAAGAGAACUCUGAUAAAUCGUAAGUAACUACAUAUUUGAAAACUGCUUGUCUAAAAUAUUUAAUUAAUAGUUAGCUGACAAUUGCUUAAAAUAAAUAGGGUUGUGCUCUAUAAAGAUGGAAAUCUGAUUGUUUCAAGAAAGGAGAUGGAGAGUUUGAACAUUGAUUCCAUAGUCAGUCCACUGUUGAUAGAUUUAUGGGCGAUGAUUUUGAAUGAAUUUGAGAGUCUGAAAAGCACUCAAUCAAGGAAUAGAUUGAUAUUCACAACAACACCAUGUAGAGUGUUGGAGGAAAAUCAGAUUAGUGCUGCAGCAACCAGAAACAAGAGAUUCAUUGAAGCUACAAGGAUCCAAUUCAAAAGGGCAUUGCCGAAAGUGAAGAACAUGGACUUGUUUAUCUUCCCAGCUGAACGUAAUGGUAGCUACUACCUAAUGUGCUUUGAUAUGAAGUACAUGAAGUUCUUAAUCAUUGAUAAUUGUGACAAGGAAAUAGCAAUAGGAAUGAAGUACCUUUCUCAACCAACCCAACUGGUAAGUAAUAAAUCAAAAUUAUUUGUUUGUUAAAAUGUGUAUACUGUUUAUAAAAAAUGAGCAUCUGAACAUAUUUAAUGUGUAAAUGUUUUUAUUUACAGAAAAGUGCUGUACUUAAAUGGCUUAAAGAAGAAAAACAUCAGCAUGCUGACAAAGUGAAGAAUAUGAAGCCAGAAGUAGUCAAAAUGGCAUGGAGAAACAAAAAAAAACAAAGCUAAUGAUGGUGUCUAUCUGAUGAGACACAUGGAAACUUUUAAUGGAGAGACAGACUGGGAUUGUGGCCUAGAAAAAGAACAUGAAAAGCACAUACAGGUCUUGAGGCUUAAAUACUUGCACAAGAUGUUGACAUUUCAAAGGAAUGAAGUUAGAAUGGAGUUGAUGAACAAAGUGAAGGAAAUGUAGUUCUUCUAAUGAUACUUAUGUUUAACUUAGUUUAAUAUGAACUUCAAAUGCUUCUAUGUUUUUGUUGGCAAAAGACAUAUUUUGUUCUUGUUAAUGUUCGAUGGUGAAUGUACUGGACAUGUGUUUUUAUGAUGAAAGAGACACUUCACGUUUAUGGCAAUGAUCA